CUUUACCUUUACCUCUGCCUGUGAUAAUGGUUCUAUUUUUUACUUCCACAGCUGUAUCGCCUUCGGUGGUUAUCUACAUGGGCAAAGAUAAAGUAGAGAACGAAGACCUCAUCAAAUAUGCAUAUCCCAACGACAUCUGGUUUCACGUCGACAAACUCUCCUCUGCGCACGUGUACAUCCGCCUGCCGGAAGACGGAUCGAUAACAUGGGAGGCUAUUCCCCAAAAUCUUCUCAUUGAUUGCGCUCAAUUAGUGAAAGCUAAUUCAAUCGAGGGCAAGUCCGCCGUCGGGGCCGAAACUAUUUCUGAACGUUGCGACCCAGGGAACAAAAAAGACAAUCUGACGAUUAUCUACACCCCAGCUGACAAUCUCAAGGCAGGCGCUUUCUCACUCCGAUCCUCAGCUUUGACGACGAUCUUACGUUUCAGAAAACGGGUGACAUGGCCGUGGGACAGGUGUCGUUCCACAACGAUAAGAGACGCCUCUGAUGAUCCUCGAGUACACGUCGCCAAACGCGAAAAUCCCAUCGUCAACCGACUGACCAAGACAAAAGUCGAGCGCGUCGUGGAUCACGAGCAGGAUAGAAUCGACCGUCUAAAACGUGAGAACUCAGAACGGCGUCUUGCGGCCAACGAUAAGAAAAAAGCCGAUUUGGAGCUUGCCCGCGCCAGGGAAGCAGAGAAAGCAGCGCGGUCUUACGACUCGCUGUUCAAUGCGGAUGACGAGUAUGAAUAUCAGAGCACGCGCGGGAAGUCUGUGAAGGAGAUUGAGGAGGAUUUCAUGUAGGCAGUCUGUCAGUUCGAUGUCUCCAACAUUCUGGAACACAAAAUCUAAAAGGGUCAUCAAAUGCCGUACACACAUAUCUGCAUGGUUCUAUUCUGAUGCAUU